UAACUAAGUACAAUCAGGGUAUAGGAGCAACAUUACAAGAGAUGUAUGUGCUCUGGGUUGCUUUUGGAGGAACAAAUGGAAAUGAGUGAAGGCUGGCACAUGCAAACCUUUCCACAUAUGCUGUGUGGGUGCUGCCACUUAGAAGGCGGUCGAUCAGUGCCUUCACCAAUGCAGAUCACAGUAACAUCAGAAAAUUUCAAAACUAUCUUGCAUUGGCAGUACCCACCUAUGUCUGAAACGCCUCGUUUUAUUGUGGAAAUCAAACCUUACAGUUUAGGUUACUAUAAGAUCGUCUCAACUUGUGUAAACAUUUCAGCUCAUUUUUGUGAUCUCUCAAGGGAAAUAUAUGAGCCUUUUGCCUCUCACUGGCUUCGAGUUAAAGCUGUUGUUGGGUCACAACAGUCUGAGUAUGUUGAGACAAAUGAGUUUAUUUUGCAAAAGCAUGGCAAAAUAGGACCACCAAAACUGAAUCUCUCAAGGCGUGGUGAUAAAAUUGUGGUUGAUAUUUACCAUCCUGCGUUCCCAUCAGUGGAGCUUCUUCCUGGGAUUGAAGACAUUUAUUCAGAGAUCAUGUACUUGGUGACUUUUUGGGAUAGUAAAACUCAGAGCAAAAAAUUCUUCUCAGAAGACAGCUGUACGAUGUAUAAAUGUAGCGUCAACAUCCCAGUUCCUGAUGAAGGUUCCACUUACUGUGUUUCAGCAAAGGGAACUCUAUAUGGCAAUCUGAUAAUUGGUGCCCCAUCAGAAGAAAGCUGCAUUGAUAUUCCUCUCAAGUGGACAUUGAGCACAGAAUACAUCAUCAUUCUGUGUGUUGCUAUUCUGAGCCUGACCCUAAUAUUGACAGUAUGUUGUGGCUGCAAGAAACUAAGGAAGAACAACAUAAAGCUACCUAAGUCUUUGGUCAGUGUGAUAAGAAACCUGAACACAGACAGCAUUCCAGAACCAAAAUCGGAAGUAAAAUAUAUGUCUGUAAUAAGCUUCGUGGCAGGCCAGUCAGUGUUGCCACAGAAUGAUGAAGUAAUCUCACUGGAGGUAGAGCCAAAAGAAGAAACUGAUAGUCCUGAGAACUCCAGUGAAGGAAUAUCUUCUGUUCUUCUGCCAGAGGCGCCAGCCAAAGCAGAAGAGGUGUCUGUGCAGGAAAGCACAGAGGAGGUAUCUGCUGAUGAUGAACAAAAUCACAAAGUAAGAGAGAAUUACUUUAUUUCUGACAGUAGCCAAAUGAAUAUAUGCUGUAACUCUUCAGGUCCAGAUGUUCCUGCCACAGAAAUACAGCAGACAGUCAUUCCAAACAGCUGUCUCAAGUUUUCUGGCUAUGACAAGCCUCAUGUUCCAUUAGAUAUGUUGAUAGAUGUUGGUGAAGAGCAGCCUGUGAUUGCUUACAGGCCAGCUGACUAACCAGGAUAGCUGAUGUGUUUAAUCAGAACUCAGGAGGAACAGCAUUACUGAAGAUUAUGGAAUGUCCAGGCUAUAUUAUGAAAAUCUACAAGGUGUAUUUGCUCUGAUCCAACGCGAAUAACCAGUGCACAGUAUAGACAACGGAAUCCUGAUCAGGCACUGAGGAUAGUGCCUGAGAACAGCGUAAAAAGUAUGGGGGAAAUUUCAUACUAACCACUUUAGAAGUGUUUGUGUGACAUAAUUCACUAUUCUUUUUGAAAUAGCACUUUUUUAACAGUACUCUAUGGAGAACGAGCGUCUUCUUGAAGGAGUAUAAAGCAGCAGCUGUGUUAAUUUCCUUCAGUUUCAAAGCCUUUUCAAAAUUAAUGCUUAAAAGGCCUUCACUUGGUUAUGAUAGAGGUGUGCAAGAACUAUUUUGGGAGCUUUUGUCUUUGCUAGAGAUAUUUCUCCUGCUUGUCUUUUCUCUUGAAAACUAUUUUUGUAUUAAACAAAAUGCUAUUUCUUUUAAGUGAGAAUAUGCCUAUAGCCUUUUUCUGUGUAUCUUAAGAAUUUAGUCUGUAGCUAAAACCAGUUAUUUAUAGUCUUUUCUGCACUGAAAUAUGUAUUUCCAAGUCCAUUGCUUUGUACAUUUCAGCAAGUAAACAGUAGGCUUUUUCCUUUCAAUUUUAAGUCCUGUGACUGAAAAAAGCUAUUUUAAAGGUGCUGUUAUUUGUGUAUAGAUUCAUCCGUUUGGUUCAUCUAGAUACGUUGUGUAAGCAUGUCA